AGCAAGGCCGGCGUGGAGCAGUGGGAUGCAGCUUCGCCCCCGGCCGGCAGCGCCCGCGCGGGCAGGCGGCCCCUCCGGCACUGCCAGGCUCUCGCCGGCGGCUUUUCCAGGUGAUGCCAACACUGGCGCUGCGGAUGGCGACUGCAGCACAAUCACAGCCAUGGCUUGAAACCAAACCAAACCCUGGCUGUUCCCAGGCAUGCGAAACCCCCUCUGCUGCCAUUUUGGUGUAGGGUCGGAGUCACCUGCUCUCCCCGUGGUUACCCCGCACACCCCGUAUCCCUCCGGUCCUGCCGCGCUUGGCAGGGGCUCAAAAAACCGUCUGGGAAGAGGCUGGAUGCAGCCAGCCCUGCCCGGCCUGGGCAGCCUGCAGGGCAGGGGGAGCGCCGGGCACGUUGUGGGGUGUCACCAGGUGCCCCCCCAUCGGCAUCCCCAGCUGCUGCGCUGGGUGCUGGGCGAGCGGUGCCCAGCACCUGGCUGCAGCCCUGAGCUCCGGUUGCAUUUUCCAUUCAUUAUUCAUUGAGCUGGAAAUCUCAGCAGCAGGAGGUGACCGGGGGGGCCAGAGAGGGGGGAAGGCAGGAGGGAGCAGCAGCCCCGGGCUCACCGUGCCCCAGGCACCCUCGCGCUGGCCGGGUGACCAGGAUGCUGCACCAUGGGAAGCCCUGGAGGUCCAUGUGCAAGGGGCUCAUCCUGGGGACCCUCCUGACCAGCUUCAUGCUGCUGCUCUACUCCUACGCCAUCCCCCCGCUGCAAGUCAGCGUCACAGAGUUCCCCGUCCCCUCCUCCUGCUCCUCCUACCCGGCCCCCGCCCGAGUGCUGACAGCAGCCAACGGCUCGGGCAGCCCCUCGGGACGGAGCUGCCUGCCCAAGCAGAACAUCAUGUUCAUGAAGACCCACAAGACAGCCAGCAGCACCAUCCUCAACAUCCUCUUCCGCUUCGGCGAGAAGCAUCACUUGAGAUUUGCCUUCCCCAACGGCCGCAAUGACUUCUACUACCCCUCCUACUUUGAGCGCAGCCAGGUGCAGCACUACCGGCCGGGCGCCUGCUUCAACAUCAUCGGCAACCACAUGCGCUUCCACUAUGAGGAGGUGCGCAAGCUCCUGCCGGCAGACACCACCUUCGUGACGGUGCUGCGGGACCCUGCCUACCUCUUUGAGUCCUCCUUCCACUACUUUGGGCGCGUCAUCCCCCUCACCUGGAAGCUGACAGGGGAGGACAAGCUGGCCGAGUUCCUUCGGGACCCCUGGCACUACUACGACCCCAACGGGUUCAACGCUCACUACCUCCAAAACCUCCUCUUCUUCGACCUGGGCUACGACAACAACAUGAACGCGAACAGCCCGCUGGUGGAGGAGCACAUCCAGGAGAUAGAUCGCCGGUUCCACCUCGUCAUGUUGCUCGAGUACUUUGACGAGUCCCUGGUGCUGCUGAAGGACCUGCUGUGCUGGCAGCUGGAGGAUGUUCUCUACUUCAAGCUCAACGCCCGCAAGGGUUCCACGGUCUCCCACCUGACACCGGAACUCUACGAGAAGGCCACCUCCUGGAACCUCAUCGACGCCAAGCUCUACCACUAUUUUAAUGCCACCUUCUGGCGUAAAGUGGAGGCCUACGGGAGGGAGCGGAUGGCCAAGGACGUGGCCGAGCUGCGGCGGGAGAAUGAGAAGAUGAAAAGCAUCUGCAUCGAUGGGGGACAUGCCGUGGAUGCCAGUGCCAUUCAGGAGUCCUCCAUGCAGCCCUGGCAGCCGCUGGGGGAGAAGUCCAUUCUGGGCUACAACCUGAAGAAGAAGAUCAACAAGAAGCACCGGAAGCUGUGCCGCAAGAUGCUGACGCCUGAAAUCCAGUACCUGACCGACCUGGGGGUCAACCUCUGGAUCACCAAGCUGUGGAGCCGCGUGCGGGACUUCCUGAAGUGGUAGGGGCUGGCGGGCACCCCGCUCCCCCAGGGAAGAACCAGGUGCUUUUCCUUUUUCUUACUCCUGGUGUCUGUUGGUUGGACAUGAGCAGAACUGGCUGGAGGUGCAGGCACCUGGGAACAGUUGUGGGGACCAGGGAGAUCAUCCAUCACCUUUCCCCUGAGUCCCCACUUGGGCAGGAGCCUGUGGGGGAGAGCAGAACCCACAAGGGGCCAAGAACUGGGGGCUUGCGGGUGGUUUUCUCCAGCAGGAUCUACUUCUUCUUUCCCCACGGAAAGGUAUUGAUGAAGGAGGUGGCCUCGUCACGGCAGGAGAAGGAUGUCCGUCCCCACACCACGGGCCAGGCGGUGCGGGCAGGGACCUGUCGGGUGGUGGGAAUGGGGGGUUCUCCCUGUCUGGGGUGGGCAGAGCUGCUGGCAGGGAGCCCGUGUGCCCACAGGCUCCUUGAACGCCCCCUUCCCCCUGAGCCCUGGUUUGGGGCUGUGUGCCUGCUCUGGCGGGUCCCAGCCCAUGGGUGCGAUGAGUGCAGCACGUUCUCAGCCUUCCAGCAGCCCCUGGCAGGCCGGGACGCGCAGCCAGCUGAGACGUGGCGGCGGCUGCUGCGCUUGGGUUUGGAAAGCGGAAAACCCACCCCAAGCCCUGGCAUUUAUCAACGGGCUCGUGUUCCCUGUGGAUGAAGGGUGUCCAUGCAGCAGGUCCCCUCCCAGCCCCAUCAUCCCGGUUAGAGGUCUCCGUGGCUCCGGUCCCCACAGGGGACAUCCCAGGAGGCUCACGGGGUCUGGUGAGAACUGGAGUGGGGAGGAGAUGGGGAGGGGGUCUGGCGGCUGCUGUCCCGGUGACGCCAUCCCCCAGGCACAGGGGGAUUCGGGGACGGGGGUCCGUCCCUUCCCCUGUGCAGGGGACAGCCCUCGGUGUCCCGGCCGGGCUGGAUGACACCGGCAACGCCGCGUCCUGCCGCGAGCAGCCCUGGCCGGGCAAGGAGGUGGCUGAGACUCCCGCACGCGGAGGGAUCCCCGCCGGCCCCCCAGCCCGUGUUCUGCUCCCUUUGUAAAGACCAGAAAUAAAAAAGCUGUUCUACUUUUGUAAGAUAA